GUUGGUAAUGAACUUCCUCACACCAUCAGACAUGAUGAAGUCAAUGCUAUGCGUCGCUCACUGCACAGAGCCAAUGAAGUCCUACCAACGACCAUACGUGUGGCAAUCAGGAACACAGAUGAUCACCAUAUCGUGAGGAGCGUCGAAUGGACUUCUAAUUCUGUUCUCUUGCCGUGUACUUAUGGAUCCAAAGGUGCUGCAUUGGUGCUCCAGGAUGGGGUGGGAAGAUGCGCGUUUCGACAUUCGUAUUUAAGUGGGGUUUGCAGCGGUGUUAGUCUUUCCAGGACUUGCAGGCAGGUCUCCCAGAGGGCAUAACGUUUUCAUUUUUGUUUCUGAGAUGUCUUCUGCUUUUAUUUCGGAGCUUGCGGAUUUACAGGUAUCCAAGUACGCCAAUAUUGGUGCUUUGGCAAUUCUCAUAUUCGAUUUCUGCAUCACGUUCCAGGAUGAGGUACAGUGGACCUGGAACAGGCCAUGGGGUAUAACUCGUGUCAUCUUCGUCAUAUCUCGAUAUCUGCCUUUCGUCGGCUCUGGAUUGACUGCAUAUGCUGCACUGCGUGUCAGCGGCCCGUGUCCCCCUAGUCUGGAAGAAAACAUCAUUCAUAUUAUAAGUAUCGUUGCUGCGGAAGGCUUGCUGGUUAUUCGGACCUGGGCAUUCUGGAAAAAGAGCAGAAGGAUGUUGAUUGGAUUAUCAAUAUAUAGCGUGGUAACAAUAAUCGGCGCCGUUUCUAUGAACGUCCUUCCAAAUCACCAAUUGAUUUCAACAGAUGCGAGUGCUAUACCGGGACCGUGUGGCUUCGAGUCGUCAAGAAAUGCUGCACUGGUAUAUUCUAUCUUGGCACUUUUUGAAUGCGUGAUACUGUUCCUUACUGCAUAUAAGAAGUUCAGCGACUACCGGGAAAUUGACAGCUCGAUCAUAACCACCGUCUACGGCGGUAGCAUGUUUUACAUGUUGGGCAUCAUCACCAUCACGGUCACCAAUGUGAUUAUUGACGCAGUACUUCCGGUUGGCUUCACAAACGUAUUUGAUACGCUACAACUUGUCAUUCACAGCGUCCUAGCCUCACGGAUUGUAUUCCACCUUCGAAGCAGCCACGAUCGUGUCCACGAGAUGGAUACGCCAUUGCUGGCGACAGAAGCUAUUCAUCAUGGACGACCUUCGCAAAUACAGACGAACGAGAAGAGGAGUAAAGGCUAUAGUGAAGUUUGAGGCCAUGCGAUGGGGUUUAGCUUAUCGUCGAAAUUUGACACGCUUUUGUUGGAGCUAGCCCGCUAGAUCUUCAGGCUUUUAUUGUAGCUACGAAUACGAAGUAUAUGAAUAAACCCAUACCAUUGUCGAUAUAGG